ACCUCAGAAUCUCCUCACUGUCACUCAGCUGAACUCACUUCUCCUGCCAACAUGUCCUACAGCUGCUGCUCUGGAAACAUCGCCUCCCGCUCCUUUGGGGGGUACGUGCGCUACCCAAGCUCUUCCUGCCCCAGCAACCUGGUCUACCGCACUGACUCCUGCUCUCCCAGCACCUGUCAGCUGAGCUCCUCCCCUGCUAGUGGCUGUCAGGAGACCUGCUGUGAGCCCACCAGCUGCCAGACAUCUUGUGUGGCGUCCAGACCUUGCCAAACACCCUGCUACAGCCCGAGGGCCUCCAUGCUCUGCAGUCCUUGCCAGACGACUUGCUCUCGGCCUCUGAGUUUUGGGUCCAGCAGCUGCCGUUCCCUGGGCUAUGGAUCCAGAAGCUGCUACUCACUGGGUUGUGGAUCCCAGGGCUUCAGAUCAUCACUGGGUUACAGAGGCUGUGGCUUCCCUUCACUGGGCUAUGGAUCCAGAUUCUGUCGCCCAACUUACUUCACCUCCAGAAGUUGCCAGUCUUCAUGUUACAGACCAACCUGUGGAUCUGGCUUCUAUACCUCAAGUUGUUGA